UCGCCGACAUUGCUCUCAAUGCUGUUGUCGAGCUUAUAAUUCGUUUAAGAUCGAGAAUAGUUAGGUUAUUCGCGUUCGCGUUGUAUACUCUCCGACACCGUUUACUAUCGUGUUUGAGCGUCAACCAUAACCGGUUCAAUCAUAUUGUAAUACGCUAUCGUAUCGUGUUUUCGAUCUGUCGUUUAGUGAGAUCGCGUUCUUGUUACCGCCAUUCAGUCGUAAGAGUCCACGCCGAAGAGCCCGAGUUACAAGUUGUUUUAUAUUUUUCAAGUCUCAAGAACUAAGGAGUGUGCUCCGGUUAAAGAAUGGAUUUAGACGAGGUCCUUGGUGAAUUGGGAUUGGGCCCAUAUCAAGUGUCCAUAUGUGCCAUUAUUGGAUUCAUUCUAAUGUACUCAAACAUAUCUCCACUCAGCUACGCUAUUACAGCCAGUGAUCUUAAAUACAGGUGCGAAAUCCCGCAGUGUGACAUUGACAACCCAUCCUUCAACGUGGACUGGUUGAACAUGACGAUACCUUUCAACAAAAGGUCCAAUGAGCCUUACAAAUGUCUAAAGUACCACUAUAUACCACGUACUGUUAAAGGGGCUAAUAUCUCGACCAAUGGUACAUGUAUGCCAGAAGCAUUCAAUGUCAAUCGUAGAGAAAAAUGCGACAAAUGGGUGUUUGAAGACGUGGAAAGGACAAUAGUAAACGAUUUUGGUAUUAUGUGCGAGGAAAACAAAUGGAAACUCAGCAUGGUCGGAACCAUCAACAGCGUUGGUCAAUUAUUCGGUAUUCCUUUAUCAGGAUACAUUUCCGACAAGUAUGGACGCAAAUAUAUCUGUAUAACAGGAACACUCAUGUCGGCCAUAUUUGGCACGAUCAAAUCCUUCGCUACCAAUUAUUAUUCAUUCCUCGUUUUUGAAUUUUUGGAUUCCAUGGCUUCUAGUGGAGUGUAUGCAGCAACCUUUGUAUUAGCUAUAGAAUUCGUCAGUCCAAAGUCGCGGGUUAUCAUCAGUACUGUUGUGGGCUGUUUUUAUCCUAUGGGUGCAGUUAUCAUGGGCUUCACGGCUUACAUGAUUCAGGAUUGGCGUAUAAUCCUUAGGAUACUCUACUUACCUGGACUACUUGUAAUAGGAGCUGCUUGGUACGUGCCAGAGUCUUUAAGAUGGCUUCAAACCGAAAAUCGAAUUGAAGAAGUAGCCAAUGUUCUAUCUAAAGUUGCUAAAUCCAAUGGCAAAAUACUACCGGAUUGCGUCAAAGAAGCAUUGGUCGCCAACAUUAUAGCUGAAGCCAAUGUAACGGACACGCCCAAGAAAAACCAAUUGUCUUGUAAAAAAUUAUUGAGUGAUGUAUUUAGUUCAAAAACGAUUACACUGCGUAUAAUGAAUUGUUCAUUUUGCUGGUUUACGAUUACAUUAGUUUAUUACGGCCUUUCCUUGACUUCUGUGGAAUUAUCCGGUAACAAACAUUUUAAUUUUAUGCUUGUAAACGCUGUAGAAAUACCAGCUAGUUUAACAUUGUGGUACGUCAUGGAAAAUUUUUCGCGACGUAAGACUCAAGCUUAUUCGUUCUUCUUCAGCGGAUUUGGAUGUAUUAUGGUCAAUUUAAUAUCUGCGAAUUAUAUGUGGAUGCAACUAUUUUUGUUCUUGUGCAGCAAGUUUGCAAUCACCAUGUCAUUUAACGCCAUGUACGUGUACACCGCAGAAAUGUUUCCCACCGAAAUGCGUAUGACAUUGUUCGGUAUAACUAGCAUGUUUGGCCGAUUGGGUGUAAUGUUUGCUCCACAGAUGACAUUGGUGGGCGCCUAUUAUGGACAAUACGUACCAAUCUUAUUAUUUGGAAUCUUAUCAAUUACGGCUGGGGCGUUGUCUUUCUUUUUCCCGGAAACAAAAGAUAAAAAAUUACCCGAUACAGUAAAACAAGCUGAAUUCGUCGUAGAUAUCUGAGUGAAUUAAUAAUUUUUAAUUAUUCUUUAUUUUUAAUUAAAAAAAAUUCAUUUAAUAGUAAUAGUUUAAAAAUAAAUAGUUUAAAUGGUUUAACAAAAAUACACUACGAGAAACCACCAGUUGCAAUCAUGUCUUAUGACAUUAAGUAGGUGUACUAGUUUUAUUUUUCAUAACUUAAUUUAUUAUUAUUAUUACUCAUUUUAAUAAUUUAUUGCUAAGGUGCUAAGCAAAUUUUAUUUCAUAAACUUUAAGUGAUUGAAAUAAGUUUAUAUUAUAAUUUAUAAUUUCACAUCAUUCUUGUGUACCAACUAUGUAUGUAGGUAAUAUACAAUAAACAUACACAUUUUACAAUAAUGGAUUAAACUCAAUGUAUA